UUUUGAACUUUCACUUCAAACAUACAUAAUACGCUUUAAUUUUCAUUCCGAUAUUUUUUUCAAAUUUAAUUUUCACUUCGAACACAGAUAAUACGACUAGUCGUAGUUUUCGAUUUCAAUAGAUGCUGAAUACGACACGUCGUUGUUUUAACAAUCAUGAUCGACGUUAGGAAAUAAAAAUCAGCAACUUAUGGCCAAUUCGAAAACGAACGAGAACCUCAAGGGCAAUUUCGUCCACUCGGUAGCCCAACGUGGUCCUCUCUCGAUCUUAUGGCUAAUAGCACACGCUUCUCCGUCUCUCCCAAUGUACAAGUAUCUCCCAGGCUCUCGUUAUCACUGCAGUAGCGUGGCUGUUCUGCUCUUCGGUUCAUGGCCAGCACGUGCAACUCAAUCGCGCCUCGUGUGAUUGGAUCCACUGUCAUCGAAUUAGCACGAAACGGCAGGACUGGGGCUCCGUUUUCGGUUCGGAUAUCCACCAAGAGCCAUGGAGCCACCGCGGCCUCCGCCACCACGUGUAGCAAGGAAGGUCCGUCGUGCAUAUACGUCGGACCUAUUGAGACUGCCAGUAAAGAAACUCUUGAAGCUCUCUAUCGACAAGCUCGGGAUGCAUAUUACAGUGGAGAACCUUUGAUAGUUGACGACAUGUUUGAUAGAGUGGAGUUAAAGUUGCGGUGGUAUGGCUCAGAAUCUGUUGUUAAGUAUCCCCGUUGUAGUAUCCGGCGACAGUCAACAUAUGCAGAUGCGGAGGAAGAUCUAUCACAGGUUCUUGCAUUAGCGAGCAUAUGGAUCCUCAUAUUUGGUAUUGGCAGUUCUAUAUGUCUUGUGCCUAUGAUCUACACUGUGGUUCUAGCAUAUAAGGAUGCAUUCAGUCAGGGAAUUUCCUAUGGCAGCCAAGCAUCUGUGUCAGGGUUUCUUGUUGCAGCAAAUGUCAUUCUUUUCAUGGCAGUGGGUGCCUUAAUUGGCUAUCCAGUUGCCUCAGCUUCUGUUAAAGUGCUUCUAGGCCUGUGGAGGAAUGACUUGGUGGCAUUAAAAGGGGCAUGCCCAAAUUGUGGAGAAGAGGUAUUUGCAUUUGUUAAGUCGGAUCAAACCAACAACUCUCCCCAUAGAGCAGACUGUCAUGUAUGUGAAUCCUUACUAGAAUUCCACACAAAGGUUGAGCAACCGAGUUCGAGACUAGGUAGACAGUGGGUUUAUGGUCGCAUAUAUCUUCUGUCAAGGAGAAACAGAUGCCAAAGAUGGAUAUAAGAGGUCUGUGUGUUCCAGCCUUUUUUUGGCAAUUGAGUGUAUAUUUGACAUAACGAUGACCUAUCAGAUAUCUUUUAUCGUAGAAUUAACUCUGUAAAGUUUGAAGUUUGGCACUUGGUAUUUAACUCUUCAAUAAACAAUGAAUACCAUCAGAGUAAAAUGAAUCGUCCAUGAUGAACCA